AGCAGAGGAACAUGCCGAGGAUCACUAUUUCGCAAAGCCUCUAUUUGAGAAAGAAUGGAGACGGCUUUGGACGGGCGUUAGUGACGGGGUAUAUCUGCCCUUUGUUUUCCUUUGAUUUCUACCUGUUUGCUUUGGCGACAGCGUGUACACUAUAAUGGACGCGGACUUAUCCGGUGGAGUUGGCGGCGGAACAAAUCAGAGCCAUGUGGGCAGUGGUACUGGUCGUAAUCCGAAUGGGCCGAGCGUGUGUGUAACAGCGAGCGCAGCCGGGCCCGCGCCCGCAUCCUUCCAUCCCCGGGAGCAGCAGGACGGGGAGGCAGUAGGCCUGUCGCUGCCGGGGAUUUUACAUUUUAUCCAGUAUGAAUGGGGUCGUUUUCAGGCAGAAAAAUGUCGAUGGGAAGCCGAGAGAGAUGAACUUAGGGCACAGGUGGCAUUUCUGCAAGGAGAGAGGAAAGGGCAGGAGAGCAUGAAGCAAGAUCUGGUGAGGCGGAUCAAAAUGCUAGAGUAUGCCCUUAAACAAGAAAGGGCCAAAUAUCAGAAAUUGAAGACUGGCACUGAUCAGAGCCCGGAGAAGAAACCAGAGACUAAGAAUGAACCAAUUCCCAAUGGUCAAGGAGAAUUUGAGAAUGAGACAACCAAUCAAGUGGCAUGGAAGGAGGGCCGACAGUUGUUGCGCAAGUACCUGGAAGAGGUGGGUUAUUCUGACACUAUACUGAACAUGCGAUCUAAACGAGUCAAGUCUCUGUUGGGUCGCUGUAGCCCGGAGGUAAAUGGGCCUCUGCCACAUGAUCCUUCCCCAGAACCCAAGCCCCAUGGUGGAGGAGACUCCCUACUUGUACGCCAGAUAGAGGAGCAGAUCAAAAGAAAUGCUGGAAAAGAAGGUUCUAUAGAGCACACUGGCAGGUCAGUACUGGAUAAAAUUCCUUUCCUGCGUAGCUGUGAUGAUGAAGAUGACAGUGAUGAAGAUGAUGAUUUCCAGGGAAUAGCCACAGAUUGCAUUGAUGGACCACAUAAAAACAAGAAAUCCAGAGGCAAGAUUUUUGGAGAGCCCAUAACCACAGGUCUAGACCCUGAGGAUGAAGAAGAUGAGGAUGAUUCAGAAGACGCCCUUAGCGAAUUUGAUUUCCUGGGUUCAGGAGAAGAGGGCGAGGGGGCUGGGGAGGCAUGCAUUUCGGGAGAUGGCCGUGAGCUAGGAUGCACUCUGGGCUUCUCAUCUGAUGUCUUCAUACUGGAUACAGUUGGAGGAGGGGACAUAAAUCUUGGCGAGUUGGCUGACCUUACCGUUGCUAAUGACUUCACCAUUGAUCAACAGGACAGUCAGGAAGAGUUUAAGAAGACAUGGAAUCCACGCUUUACGCUCCGGAGUCACUUUGAUGCUAUCCGAUCACUGACCUUUCACCCUUCUCAGCCAGUGCUGUUGACAGCUUCAGAGGAUGGAACACUAAAGCUCUGGAACCUGAACAAGACAAUGCAAUCAAAAAAGAGUGCAGCACUUGACGUUGAACCUAUUUACACUUUCCGAGGACAUAGUGGAGCAGUCCUCUCUCUAGCCAUGGGUGAGGAAGGGAAGUACUGCUACAGUGGAGGUCUGGAUGGAAGCAUACGUUGUUGGAAAAGUCCAGAUCUUAAUGUGGAUCCUUAUGACAACUAUGACCAAGGUGUUGAGAGUGCUGUGUUACUAGGACAUGAGGAUUCAGUGUGGGAUCUGGCGUAUUCAUCCAAUCUAAAACGCCUGGCCUCCUGCUCAGCAGAUGGCACUGUGCGUAUCUGGGAUGCUCAGAGCUCCACACCCUGUGUAACUGUUUUCAACAAAGAGAAAGAACAUGGAACUCCUACUUCCAUUGCAUUUGGGAAUGUAGACCCAUCCCAGGUUGUUGUGUCCUUUGACGCUGGUGAGACAGUCCUCUACGACCUCAACACAGAGCAAAGCAUCAUGGUUCUAGAGGCCCAGACAAAGGAUGGCAAUCAGUUGAUUAACUGUGUGGUCAGCCAUCCAUCCCAACCAAUCUCAAUCACUGCCCACGAGAACCGUACCAUCCGCUUCAUGGACAACAAGACAGGGAAAGUAAUUCACUCCAUGGUGGCUCAUCUAGAUGCAGUCACCUGCCUUACCACUGACCCUAAAGGCAGUUACCUCAUCUCUGGCAGUCAUGAUUGCUCAGUUCGCUUGUGGAUGCUGGAUAAUCGCACAUGUGUGCAGGAGAUCACAGCCCAUAGGAAGAAACAUGAUGAGGCCAUCCACGAUGUGGCUUUCCACCCUUCACAGCCCCUCAUUGCCAGUGCUGGAGCUGAUUCCCUCGCCAAGAUCUUCAUUUGACCAUUUCAUAACAGCUAAUUCUCAGCCAUCAUUGGGUAGUGUAAAUAGGGUUUUCCCAAACCUAAACAUUUAACACUGAGGUUGGUAAACAAGCCCAGGCAAACCUGAAAAGCAGUACACUAAUCACACACUAUAAAUGUUCUUCCUGUCUCUGUAGCAACAGUAAUGCACCAAUAUGAAAAUUGCAGGCCGACACUGGUAGCUUGAUAGCUCUAAUUCAGUCAUUUCUGGCUAGACUUGCAUAACGUUAAAUCACAUGCUUACACACACACACACACACACACACACACACACACACAAGGUUAAACAUUUACUUCUUCUGACAUGUCCUCACAUGACUGCAAAUGUGAGAUAUGAAGGGAAAAUUUAUCCUGAGUUUAGAUAAACUGAUUACAGUAUUCUUAAAUUCGUUAAUUCAGUAUUAAAAAAAAAUUGACUAUUAAUGAGCUUAUAAUUUUAUACUCUCAAAAAGCAUACAGUUCCACAGUUCACCUCAAAUAAACCAUAAAAGUUGAAAAUUGUGAAAACUAGCCAUUUCUAAACAAUUAGCAGUUGAAAUACUGAAUAGUUGAAUAUAGGUAUGGGGGAAAACAGCAACUCUUGUUUCUACUCUACUCUCCUAUUUGGUGCAUAUUUUAUGUGUAUACCGCCACCUAGUGUAUGGAUAUGUGCCAUACAUUAGUCACUUUUCACCUGAAUGACAUGUUGUGAGUGCAUACCACUGAUCUGAUGUAUGGAUAUCCUUGGCACACUACUAAUUUAUAUGCCAUGACUGACACCUGUUAAAAUCUUAAAAUAGAUAAAAAUGAUCUAUUAAACACUAUCACUAUCAUGAUUUAAGCAAGGUUCAGAUCUAGUUGCAUUGUUUAAAUGACUUAGUGGGAUAUUGUAUAACCUUUUGGUUGUUGUAUCACUAUUGUGUCUCUGUGUUUUCCCUUCCUCACCCUCACUCCUUAGCCAGAAAUGUGGCAUUCAAAACCAUCCUAAAUCCACACUUACAUUACCUGCACACAAAGAAGGUGAAUGGCCUGAGUAAUAGACACUGGAAUCCAUAUCCAUAAUGCCAUUGCUUCCUUUUGUUUUUGAAGUUCUGUAGAAUGGAGAUAGUAGUUACUAUAUUUCAUUCUUUUUCAGUCUGUUUAGUAUAUUGAAAUCAUACCUUCAUGAGAACACACAAUCAACUGACUGUUGUACAUGCAUUAGACCCACAUACCAUCGUAUGUGUGUGCGCAAGUUCAUCCAUGUGUGUGUAUUUGAAUUCACCACCAUACUCUCAUGUCCAUUAUGAUCAAAUUUUCAGUAAUAAUCUGCUUGUUAAAGACUUACGGUUUUAUAUCUGUAAUCAGAGAAUGUGUGCUGAGUUGGCUGGGCAGCUACAAGAAAUCAUUUUCAUAUGCACUAUGAUAGAUUCUUAGUAUGUGCUGUUCACAGCCCACUGUCUCACAAAUUUUGGUGCUAAAUUCUUCAGUAUCAGGGAAAUGUUGGAAGUAUUAUUUUUCCCUGCCAUUGCUUAGUGGUUUCAGAAAAACAGCCCAGUGAACUUCAAAAAUUUGCUGGUGUGCUUUGCUUUUUUUAUGCACUGGGGUAUGAAUGAGUGAAUGUUGACAUAUAUGAAGGUAGAACAAAGGAAUGUAGGAAAGUAAAGAAGGUGAAUACUUUGCAAGUAGGAUUUCCCCCUGCUAAGCCCUAUUAUUUUAAAACUACCAUUAUUUGAGAAUAUGGCUUUUCUGUUGUGGUUAUAAUAUCAUGCAGUCUAUUAAACACUAUCAUAAGAGACAGUCAUUUAACAGCCAAUGUGUUGGAUAAGAACUUUGGUUUUCUGUAGCAGCGUUUUGUGUGUUUAACUAUGCCCUAUAAUUUGGGGAACACUGAGUGAGACAUCUGGUAAUAGUUAAGUUAUAAAUUGUAGUUAUAAAUAAUAAAUAAGUUAAGAUAUUCAUGUGCUUCCCAUUAGUCCAGGGGGAAAAAAAUGCAAAAAGGUCUCCAAGGGCCAUGGAAAGGAACAGAGUCUUCUGAGGAAAGUGAAGUAUAGCACAUGCAGUUACCUCCUCUUCAUAGACAAUGGCAUAAUGGAGAAAACCGUAUGAUGGAAGGACCUGAAAAUUCAAUAUCACCCACUUUAGUAGCUUUAGUCUUUAGAACAGCUGUGGACAGCAGAGGUCAGAGGUCAUGUUUUUGAUGCCUUCAUUAUUGUUUUGUUUACUAUUUUAUUCUUUUAAAUUGAUUUCACUGGUGUAAGAGAAAAUCCUGAAGGCUAGUUGUUAAUCUCUGCAAAGAUGAAAGAAUGAAUGCAGUAACUCACUCUCACUUAAACCAACUGUAUCAGAAAUGUAUUGCGUUUAUUCAGAUUUCUGUCCAUCCUAGAAUUCAGACAUACUCACUUCCAAGGUUUGUCCAAGUGAAGUGUUUUACAACCUCCACUGCGGUGGUUACAAUGAAGUAUGAUGAUAAUCCCUUUAGUGACUGUAGUGCAAGUUAAUUGUCCAGUCAUUGCUUAAUUAAGCGCACAACUUUAGAAUAAUUAGUUUUACAAAUUAAUUCUUAAGGGAUAUCUUAUCACAGAACACUAAUUAAUGGAUACCUUUAGGCCACAUUACAUUUGUAAAUGAAAAUGGUUACAAGAAAUUGUUGUCACCACAUUUUAUCCUAUAGACUAUAGACAGUGUGAUUACAUAUAAAGUUUUCCUACACCCCUAUUUCUGCAGGUUUGAACCAGUGAUUUUACAAUAAUUGAGAAGGUUUAUUAGGAUAUAUUAAUCAGAAUAUAUAUUUUAAAAGCAGCUGCCAUUGCACAAACCUCUGCUUUUGCCAACUUUUUAAGUUACAUUUCUUUAAACGAAUUACCAUCCUUAAUAUAACUGAUAGGAUUAUUGUAGUAUCAUAAGUGAACAAAUCCUUUUUACUAGGCUUAAAACCUGCAAUGCAAUGUAAAGCUGUUGGAAAGCUUAAAAACUGGAUGUAAAGGCAAGUCAGUCCAAUGCCAAGAUCAAAGGACUUUCUGUCUAAUGGGUAUUGUUUAUGGCAAUUUAUCACUGUGUGAUAUUUUGUACAUCAUAUUAAGCUGCAUUCAAACAUUAUCCUUUAACACCAAGGGAUCAAGGCCUGCAUUUUAUUUAUUUUUUGUUAUACAUAUUUUUAGACUGCAUUAUAGCUUCUAUCAAAUUAAACUAUUACAUAUUUCCUGUCUUUCCAAUUUUCUUUUAAUUUGCAGUUCUUGUUUGUUAUUUGGACAAAAAAAUUAAAAAUAAAGAUGGUUUUGUACAUAGAGUGCAAUUCA